AUGGGUAGCAUUGAUAUUUCCCCCGUGCAUGCGGAACAACCGUCCGGCAAUGUUAUCAAGGUCUCGAGCUCGUGGUGCGGGCCAGGUCCAGCAGCAUAUGACUUCCGUACCGACACUAUCACCACGCCGACAUUGUCGAUGCUACAAGCGAUAGCCCAGUCAACUCUAAUGGACGACGUCUACCAAGAGGAUCAAACCACCACAGAGUUUGAAAGCUUUAUCGCCGAGAUAACUGGCAAGGAAGACAGUCUGCUAGUUAUGUCAGGAACGAUGGGCAAUCAAAUUGCCCUAAGGUCACUUCUGACACAACCGCCACACGCCAUUCUCUGCCACCAUAAGUCCCAUAUCUUAGUCGCCGAAGCGGGAGGCUGCUCGUCACUAUCUCAGGCUCAUAUGCAAGCCUGCUACCCAGUCAAUGGUCAAUACUUGACUCUCGAGGACAUAAAGCGAGACGCUGUGAUAAGCAACAACAUUCAUGUCGCUCCCACCCGUGUUAUCUCUCUCGAGAACACUCUGGCCGGUGUCAUUACGCCCUUGACAGAGGUGCAAAAGAUUUCCGAGUUCGCGCAUACCAAUGGUAUCAAAAUGCACUUGGACGGUGCCCGGCUCUGGGAGGCUGUCUCUGCAGGUGCCGGCUCCCUCAAGAACUAUCUCGAGUGCUUCGAUACAGCCCAGUUGUGCUUCUCUAAAGGUCUCGGUGCUCCCAUGGGUAGCAUCAUUGUCGGCCCGAGCAAAACUCUGGAGCACUGCCGAUGGGUUAGAAAGAGUAUCGGUGGCGGGAUUCGCCAGGCUGGGGUUAUCGCAGCUGCGGCACGAGUAGCAGUCACGGAAGGAUUUGGCACUGGACCCAAUGGCGAAGGCGGUCGAUUGCGCGAAACCCACUAUAAGGCCAAGGCUAUUGAGAAGAUGUGGGUCGAGCGUGGAGGGAAGGUCACCCAUCCGGUCGAGACUAAUAUGGUCUGGUUGGAUCUGCCAUACAGCGGCGUCCCAGUUGAUGACAUUAUUCGCGUCGGUCACGAAGAAGGACUCAAGCUGAUGGGUGCGAGGAUCGUGGUCCAUUAUCAGAUCCUCGACGAAGCCAUGGUCCGACUGGAAAGAGUGUUUAAUCGUAUCCUUGUUUCCAAGGAGGUGAAAGAGAAUGGUGUUCAGGAAGCACAGUCGGUGUAUCGAUGA